AUGGCGGCACCAUUUCUUGUUCGUCUCCACAAAAAUUCCAUCUUCUUCUUCUUCCUCUCCUACCUCCUCUUCUCUGUCCAUAGCUUUAAAGGAGGCUCAUCUCUAUCUGUAGAAAAUGACGACGACGUUUUAGUUUCGGCAAAUGGGCUUUUCACAGCAGGUUUUCAUCAGGUCGGAGAGAAUGCUUUUUGCUUUGCUGUGUGGUUCACGGAUCAACCAACGACUGGGGGUCCCACAGUGGUCUGGAUGGCUAACCGAGAUGCACCUGUAAAUGGAAAAUACUCGAAGCUUAUAUUAUUUGAAGAUGGCAAUCUUGCUUUAACAAAUGCUGAGCAAUACAUUACUUGGUCAACCCACACAAAAUCAACCUCUUCUAAUUCGUUGCAAUUAGAACUCCAUGACACAUGUAACCUUAUCCUUUUUGAAGGAGAACAAUCUCUUUGGCAAAGCUUUGAUUAUCCAGCAGAUACCCUUCUUCCAGAUCAACCCUUAACUACGACCACACAACUUGUUUCUUCAAGAAGUUCUACAAAUUACGCCUCGGGUUUCUAUAAGCUAUUUUUUGAUGACUAUGAUAGCAUUCUUCGUCUUCAUUAUGAAGGUUCAGUAUCCAGUAGCGUCUUCUGGCCUGAUCCCCGCUUUCUACCUUGGGAAGUUGGGAGAUACCAGUAUGUAUACAAUCGAAGAGCAAGCCUUAAUUCAGAUGGUGGAUUCAAGUCAUCAGAUGGUCUUGAAUUUUUCUCGGCUGAUUAUGGAAUUGGACCCCAAAGAAUGAUGUGUUACUCAGAGAGCAAGAGAAGAGAUUUUGUGGAAUGA